UCCACUCAUUAUGGGGUCAAAGUAACAUUGGUGAGGGGGCAGAAAGUGAUCCCACUGAGUGUGUGGAUGUUAGUGUGGCCGGCACAGGAGUGUCAGGCUGUACCACCGCGGGGCACUAUGCUGGUACUUUACCCGGUGGUUCUGCUCUGCUGUUGUCUUGUGGCUGGAACGCAAGGGACGUCAUCAAAAUCUUCCAAACUAGGGGUUCCUAGAGAUGGGCUUGAGGAUCAAGGUUCUUCUCACCCAUUACGACACCACCGUAUAGUCUUCACAGAGACCGGGGGGAUGUGCUCCUUCCCCUUCCGGAACGCCGGCAAUCUGCACCGAACCUGCGUGCUGAGCAAAAAGACGGGUAAACAUUGGUGUUCCACCACCCCUAAUUAUGACCAGGAUAAGCAAUGGGACUACUGUGAAGAAAUCCAGCCUCUUGUACAUGAUUAUUGUGAGGACCAUGCCUGCUGGCACGGGGGGGCCUGUGUUAAUAAACCCAGCGAAGAGUCCUAUAAGUGUAUCUGCACUGACCCAUUCACCGGAGAGUUCUGUGAGAAAGAGAAGUGCUUUGAAACGCAACAUCUGAAGUAUUACAACCUUGGAGAGUUGUGGACACGGAUUCUUCACGAUGAUGUCGUGAGAUGCUUUUGUACUGAAGAUGGGAUUCGUUCCAUCCCGUUGGCUUGGAAAGACUGUGACACAAACCCUUGCCUCCACAAUGGAACGUGCCAGGAGGUUCGGGCCACCGGUGAAAGAGUUUGUUCCUGCACUCAGGACUAUGCGGGGAAGAACUGUGAAAUAGACACUGCUUCUGACUGCCACGAAGGUGAUGGGAGCUCGUACCGAGGGAAGGCGAGGCAGACUGCUUCAGGGACCGACUGUCUACUCUGGACGUCUAACUUCAUAACCAUGGAGUUUGACAUUAGGAGCCUGGAUGACCCCCACAGCCUGGGUGUGGGUGACCACCCUUACUGCAGAAACUUGGACAAUGAUGAGGAGCCCUGGUGCUACACGCUAAUCAAUGACACGAUCGCCUGGGAUUAUUGCACAGUUCCACAAUGUCCAGAGCAAGAUCCUUGCCUUUCAAAUCCCUGUGAAAAUGGAGGAACGUGCAUCAAAGAUCCACCCCAGAACUCUUACUAUUGUGUGUGCAGUGAUCGAUUCUCAGGAGCCACCUGCCAGCAAGAAAAGUGCCUGGAAAGUAGCCACCACAGGUACUUCAGCGUCGGAGAAAGAUGGAGCCGAAUCAUCCACGAGAGAGUUGAAGGCUGUGUGUGUACUGAGAGUGGGCCGGAGUGUCACAACGUAGCACACGAAGAUUGCAAGGACAGCCCGUGCCUCCAUGGGGGGGAGUGUCGAUCGGUCCAGGCCACCGGGGAGAUCGCCUGCAGCUGUAGCAACGGUUUCGUGGGGAAGUACUGCGAUAUAAACAAGAAUGAACACUGCUAUGAAAACGAUGGGAUGACUUACAAAGGUACUGAGGACGAGACUGAGUUGAACAUCGAGUGCAUGCCGUGGAAGGAGGACUUUGUGCGAAACAUGUUGAACAUCAGUAGCUUGGAGGAAGCUCUCCGCCUGGGUCUUGGUGACCAUUCCUAUUGCCGAAACCCAGAUGGGGAUAAAAGGCCUUGGUGCUACAUCAUGUUGGAUGAUCAGAUAUCCUGGGAUCACUGUGACAUCCCACAGUGCGGUACAGUGAACGCUGUCCCAAGGAGACCCCCUCCCCUGGCCAGGAUGUCUGUAGCCAGGGCUCCCAAGCUCUCCUGUGGGAAACGGAGGCACAAGAGCUUUCGGCAGCGCGUCGUCGGGGGAAGCACGGCAAUGCGAGGUGCACACCCCUGGAUAGCAGCCAUUUACAUCGACGACAGCUUCUGUGCAGGAACCCUCAUAUCUCCUUGCUGGGUCAUCACUGCUGCCCACUGCUUCAUACACAGCCCACUGAUAUCAUCCAUCAGAGUUGUGUUGGGCCAACACAACUUUAAUAAAACUGACAAACACACUCAGGAAUUUGAAAUCGAGAAAUACAUUUUCCAAGAAGACUACAGCCCAUAUGAAGAAAACAGACAUGACCUUGCCCUGAUAAAACUGAAGAAGAAGUGGAAGCAGUGUGUAGUCAAGUCUCGCGCUGUCCGACCCUUGUGCUUACCGAACAUUGAUACUGACUUUUCGGAUAAGUCCGUGUGCCAGAUCGCUGGAUGGGGUCACACCGUCGAAGAUGCCACUGUAUAUGCCAAGACAUUGCAGGAAGCGUCGGUCCCCAUCAUUCCGCAGGUGUUGUGUGCCAGUGACCAGUUCUAUGGUGCUGAUGUGACGCCCAACAUGAUCUGUGCUGGAGAUCUCGUCAAGUCCAUCGACGCCUGCCAGGGGGACUCUGGAGGACCACUGACCUGUUACUCGAAAGGCAUUGGCUAUCUGCACGGAAUCGUCAGCUGGGGAGAAGGCUGUGCCCACAUGAACAAGCCUGGUGUAUACACAAGAGUCAGCAAAUACCUGGACUGGAUAUACCGUAAAAUCAAACGCAGGCCAAAGUAUGGCAGAUGUGUUUGAUUUUACAGUACAUGUAAAAUCUAAU